UGCUCUCCAUUCCUCUCCAAGUCCGCGUCAGUCUGUCAGAGACCGUCUGAGCGCGUACACACACACUGUUGCCCCACUCUCUCUCGCGCACACACUUUUGGGUGCACGCGCGCGCACGGACACGCGCACGGACGCACACACGCAGGCUCGCGCUGUCGGACCCGAGAGCAGAGGAGCGGAGAGGAACGGAAAGGAGAGAGCUCCCGGUUAUCUGUCUCCAACUUCUCUCUGAGCUUCGACGUGCGUCUUUCCGAUUCUUCUCAAUGCGAGGAUUUUAUUCCUGCUGUCACCGUUAUUGUCUCUGCUGUCCCGAACUAAGGAAAACCACUUCCAGGACCAGACGGGAGUAUGUAAAAUAAUCCGCACGACUGAGCAAAACAAGAAGAAACAGAAGAACAGAGAUGGAUAAACGGAGUUAUUCUCGCGUUUUGCCGGCAGUUUUCUUCUACUUUGUACUUUUUGGAUUUACUGAUGGACAGUUCUUUCCAGGUGGCUGUACGUUUGAGGAGUCGUAUAGCAGCUGUGGAUACAGCGUUUCUCUAGGAACCAACGGAUUCACCUGGGAACAGGUCAACUCCUGGGAGAAACCCACCAUGGACCCCGCACUGCCCACUGGUUCCUUCAUGGUGGUGAACGCGUCGGGCCGGGCUUCGGGGCAGAAGGCCCACCUGUACAUGCCCACCUUGAAGGAGAACGACACCCACUGCAUCGACUUCCUCUACUCCUUAUCGAGCCGGGACGGAGCCAGUCCGGGCACUCUGAACGUCUACAUCAAGGUUAAUGGAGGUGCUCAGGGGAACCCAGUGUGGAACGCCUCCGACACUGUGACUGAAGGCUGGGUGAAGGCUGAACUGGCCAUUUCUACAUUCUGGCCCAAUUCCUAUCAGGUAAUAUUUGAAGCGGUUUCAGUCCAAGGCCACCCAGGUUUCAUCGGCAUCGAUGACAUACGAGUCCUGGCUCACCCGUGCCGUAAAGCGCCUCACUUCCUGCGUCUGCAGAACGUGGAGGUGAAUGUGGGUCAGAACGCCACGUUUCAGUGCACGGCGGGAGGGAAGUGGUCUCAGCACGAUAAACUGUGGCUGCAGCAGUGGAACGGUAAGGACACGGCACUGAUGGUGACCAGGGUGGUGAACCAUCGACGUUUCUCAGCAACCGUCAGCGUCGGCGACACGUCACAACGCAGCACCAGCCGUUAUCGCUGCGUCAUCCGGUCGGACGGCGGGUCGGGGGUGUCCAACUACGCCGACCUCAUCGUCAAAGCUCCACCGACUCCCAUCGCGCCGCCGGAGCUCCUUGCUGUCGGCGCCACCUACCUCUGGAUCAAACCCAAUGCCAACAGUAUCAUCGGGGACGGGCCGAUCAUCCUGAAGGAGGUGGAGUACCGCACCACGUCAGGGAACUGGGCAGAGACCCACGUUGUUGACGCUCCCACCUACAAACUCUGGCAUCUGGAUCCAGAUGUGGAGUAUGAGAUCAAAGUCCUGCUGUCCAGACCUGGGGAGGGAGGGACCGGACCACCGGGGCCGCCGCUGGUCACCAGGACCAAGUGUGCCGAUCCAGUCCACGGACCCCAAAACGUCAACGUGGUGGAUGUCAGAGCUCGCCAGCUGACUAUACAGUGGGAGACUUUUGGUUACGCAGUGACUCGAUGCCACAGCUACAAUCUGACGGUGCAGUACCAGUACGUCUUUAACCAGCAGGAGUUCGUAGCUGAGGAGUUGAUCCAGACGUCGUCACAUUACACUCUGAGAGGACUGAGGCCUUUUGUAACCGUCAGGCUGCGUCUGGUUCUGGCCAACCCCGAAGGCAGCAAGGAGAGCGAAGAGAUAGUCAAACAGACGGAGGAGGACGUGCCUGGCUCGGUUCCCAUGGAGUCUCUGCAGAAUACGCCGUACGAGGAGAAGAUCUUCAUGCAGUGGAAAGCUCCCAAUGAGACCAACGGUGCCAUCACUCUGUAUGAGAUCACCUACAAGGCCCUGAGUUCACUGGACCCCAGCGCUGAUUUAACCACCCAGAGAGGCCGAGUGUUUAAACUGAUGAACGAGACUCAUCAUCUGUUUGUGGGACUCUAUCCAGGAACCACCUACUUCUUCACCCUCAAAGCCUCCACCAACAAGGGCUUCGGACCGCCGGUCACCACCCGAAUAACCACCAAGAUAGCAGCACCCAUGAUGCCAGAGUAUGAAUCAGAGGCGCCACUAAAUGAAACAGAAACCACCAUCACUAUCCUGCUGAAGCCCGCCCAGUCCAGAGGAGCACCUAUCAGCUCCUACCAGCUCGUUGUGAAGGAGGAGCGGAAGUCCAAGACCCGCCGCGCCGCCUCCGAGGCCCCCGAGUGUUUCUCAGCCCCCGUCAGCUUCCGUAACGCCUCCAUCCUGGACUCGUCCUACUACAUCGCCGCUGAGCUGCCGCCCUCCAGCCUCACGGUGGUUCAGCCGUUCACGGUGGGCGACAACAAGAGCUACGGCGGUUUCUGGAAUCCGCCGCUGUCCCCUGCCAAGAGCUACAGCAUCUACUACCAGGCCAUGAGCAGAGCCAACGGGGAAACCAAAAUCAACUGUGUCCGUCUGGCUAACAAAGUGGUAAUAGGUAGGGGACAAAUAACAACGCCGUACAUUCUAGUCAUCCCAAGCGAAGGUGCAUCCACCCAAGACUCGGACGCCAUGGAGCCGGAGAAGCAGGUUGACAGCACGGUGAAGAUGGCCGGCGUGAUCGCAGGGAUCCUCAUGUUCAUCAUCAUCCUCCUCGGAGUUGUUCUUACCUUCAAACGCAGAGAGAUUCACACAUGGAGAACUCUGAGCGUGGGGAAGUUGGCGAAGAAGCAGAAGGAAACCGCCAGCAGCUCCACUCAGCAGAGGGAGAUGGGUCCGGUCACCACGGCCGACAAGAGCACCACCAAAGUCAGCACCCUGCACAAAGACGACCCCUUCUCCACCUCCAACCAGGACCUCAACGGGUUCACCUCGCCCUCCCCCUGCUCCUUCUCUGUGCAAGGAAGCAAGACGCUGCAGAGCAAAUCCCUGCUGAAUUCCUACUACUCAGUUUCCAAAGAGCCAGUUCCUGCCACAGCUUCUAUAGACAGCAGCCAGCCAUCACUCGCCCAGCCCUCCCUGACCCUGCAGAGUUUUCCGUACGGAGGCUGCGAGUCAGUCGAGCUCUCCUACCAGAGCGGUCAGUUCCAGGCGGGCCAGUUUCAACCAGCCAUCCGAGUCGCUGACCUCCUCCAACACAUCACCCAGAUGAAAUGUGGCCAGGGCUAUGGUUUUAAGGAGGAAUAUGAGGCUCUGGCAGAAGGACAGACCGCGCCCUGGGAAACAGCCAAGAAGGACGAGAACCGCAACAAGAAUCGCUACGGCAACAUCAUCGCUUACGAUCACACCAGAGUCCGACUGCAGCUGCUGGAUGGAGACCCCCACUCCGACUACAUCAACGCAAACUACAUCGACGGGUACCACAGACCCAGACAUUACAUCGCCACACAAGGGCCCAUGCAGGAGACGGUCAGGGAUUUUUGGAGGAUGGUGUGGCAGGAGAACUCGGCCUCUAUCGUCAUGGUUACGAACCUGGUGGAAGUGGGAAGGGUGAAGUGUGUGCGUUACUGGCCUGAUGAGACCGAGGUGUACGGAGACAUCAAGGUGACCCUGAUAGAGACUGAACCACUGGCGGAAUAUGUCAUACGGACUUUCACCGUCCAAAAGAAGGGCCAUCACGAGAUCCGCGAGCUCCGUCAGUUUCACUUCACCAGCUGGCCCGACCACGGCGUUCCCUGUUACGCCACAGGACUGCUGGGCUUCAUAAGACAGGUCAAGUUCCUCAACCCUCCGGACGCAGGACCCAUUGUGGCGCACUGCAGUGCUGGAGCAGGGAGGACAGGCUGUUUCAUCGCAGUGGACAUCAUGUUGGACAUGGCAGAGAACGAAGGGGUCGUGGACAUUUUCAACUGCAUCCGAGAGCUGAGGUCGCAGCGAGUUAACAUGGUUCAGACAGAGGAGCAGUAUGUGUUCGUCCACGACGCCAUCUUGGAAGCGUGUCUAUGCGGGAACACAGCCAUACCAGUGUGUGAGUUCAGAGCCAUUUACUACAACAUCAGCAGACUGGACCCACAGACGAACUCCAGCCAGAUUAAAGACGAGUUCCAGACUCUGAACAUAGUGACCCCUCGAGUCCGUCCAGAAGACUGCAGCGUUGGUUUGCUACCCAGAAACCACGACAAGAACCGCAGUAUGGACGUCCUAUCAGCAGACCGAUGCCUUCCUUUCCUCAUAUCUGUGGAUGGAGAGAGCUCUAAUUACAUCAAUGCUGCAUUAAUGGAUAGCCACAAACAGCCAGCAGCCUUCAUCGUUACUCAGCAUCCUUUGCCAAACACCAUGGGAGACUUCUGGAGGCUGGUGUUCGACUACAACUGCUCCUCCAUUGUAAUGCUCAACGAAAUGGAUGCAGCGCAGUUAUGUAUGCAGUACUGGCCAGAGAAAAGUUCGUGUUGCUACGGUCCGAUUCAGGUGGAGUUCAUAUCAGCGGACAUUGACGAGGACAUCAUCAACCGGAUCUUCAGGAUCUGCAACAUGGCCAGGCCACAGGAUGGUUACCGCCUGGUGCAGCAUUUCCAGUUCAUCGGCUGGCCGGCCUACAGGGACACGCCGCUCUCGAAGCGCUCCAUCCUCCAGUUGGUCCGGAGGUUGGCGAAGUGGCAGGAGCAGUACGACGGAGGAGACGGGAGGACUGUGGUGCACUGCCUUACCGGUGGAGGGCGUUCUGGAACGUUCUGUGCCAUCUGCAGCAUCAACGAGAUGAUCCAGCAGCAGAACAUCGUGGACGUUUUCCACACCGUCAAAACGCUGAGGAACAACAAGACUAACAUGGUGGAGACUAUGGAACAGUACAAGUUCUGCUACGAAGUGGCUCUGGAGGCGCUCAGCUCCUUCUGAUCGGCGGCAAAAUCCGAAAAGCGGAAAUUCCGAUUUGCCGUCGAGGCUGCCUCUCAUUCUCAACGCAACACCGGGAACGCGCAAAGUGCGAACGGAACGCUUUGUGUCGACCCCGAAUCCUACCUGUGAGCAUGUAUGCCUGUGUGCGGGGGGGGCGUGUUUGAGAGCGUGUGCACGUGACUGUGUGCGUGAGGGCAUGCUUGCAUAUUGGAGUGUGUGUGUGUGCAUAUCUACUGUAUAUGUGUGCCUGUGACAACACACACACUCACACAAACACACAACCUGUACAGAAGAGGAGAAGAAAAGAAGAAAAAAAAAAAGAAAAAGCGACAGACACACCGGUGAUUUUUAUUUUUAUUUUUUGUGUGUUUGCUUCAGCGAGACUUGGGGACUUUACAUGCUUGUAUAAAUGAAAAAAGAAAACAAUGAUAUGUUUAAAAAAGAAAAAAAAAUCAGAUGUUUAAAACAAAGCGCCACUUUUUUCCUUCUCUAUCUCUCUGUCCUCUCUGCUGGGCUGUGAUGUGACUAUUGUACAGUAUUUCCUUUUUAUUAGAUAUAUUCUACGCCUUGAAUGUUGUCUCCCUCUGAAGGCUGGAUGCACACUGGAAGAGUUUUUAUUUUUUUAUUUUCAAAUUGAGCUUAAUGCUGUUUACCGUGACUCAGUUUGCUGAGUCAUAGCAAAAAAAAGGAACCACUUGUCCGUAUUUCUGACAUUUUUCUUCUUAUAAGUCCCUUUGCAGCUGCCUCCGCUUGUAAAAUGGUAAAUGUCAAUGAUACUUGUAAUUCCGUAAUUGGCUAGAAAGAAGAAGAAAAAAAAACUCAGCAUGGUUUCCUCUUUGUUCACACGCUGCAUCAAAAGGGAAAAUCAUUUGGCAGUUUUGCUUUUACUGGGAUCGAUUGGUACAAAUAAAAUGGAGAAAGAAGUGGAGUCAUUGUGGAGAAUAUCAACAGCAGUACACAGACGAAGGAAAAUAAAAUCAUGCCUUACUUUGAGUUCAAAUGUUGCAAUCACUGCUCCACAUGUAAAGCAAAAAGGGAAAGAUUUGUGAAUUUGUUUGUUUAAAAUCGUCGAAAUCUUCCAGUGUGCAUCCACCCUUGCUGUAAAUAAGAUAAGACAACCACAGUCAAACAAACAAACAGACAAACAUCAUGCACCAGACACAUUACAAGUAAACGGUUAUUUCAAAAACGCUCUAAAAAUGCCGUGUUAAUGUCAUUUUUCAGUGAUUAUACUUUGGAAUAAAGUCUUGUGUUGCUGCAAACUGUCCAUUUAGACACGUCGUCUAAACAGUUAAGGCAUAUAUUUUUUUGCAUAUUGCACAUUAAGCUCCACAUUCGGGAUUCAUUUGGAGAAAGAAUAUGCCAGUUUGGACUGAAUUUGUGAAAGCAAUGCAUCUCUAAUGUAAUACACCCUGAACAACCAUGUUCAAGAAAACAAAUAAACACAACAGUUUGCAAGUUAUGAGAACUAUUUUUAGUCUUAACUGGGAGCUCGACUGGAAAUCUUGAACUCAAAGUAAGGAAAAAAUCAGUUUUCAAGCCAAUUUAAUUAAUUUACUUCAAUUUAAACUUAGUGUAAAUUACACUAAAUGUUAAGUUGAUGCAAUUUGUAACAUCCAAUUAGAAUUGCAAAUCAAUUUACAUCUUUUUUUUUAAAUCUUGCAACCAUGCCUUUAAUCAAAUGAUGGGAAUAGAUCUAAUAAAUUACUUUUUUUAGUGUGCUAGUUGCAUUUAAGUCCAUAUUUACAGAAACUCCAAAUGCAAAGACUAAGUAAAGUAGCAUGAGGGAAGCUGUAAAUAGGAAUACAUCAAGCAUUGCACAUUUAGAAGCAGUUUUCCUGCAGGUAUAGCUGGAUAUCGAAGUGUUAGUCAUUGAAAAAAAUAAAUGCGUUGUGAUCCAAACGAUAGGCUUGGUUAAGUGUCCUUGAUCUAGAUGGGAUCCCUAAGCCAUGCUACGCUUCACGUUCAUGCAUUCUGGAUAAACGUUAGUAAAAGAAGAAGCUUUGGGGAUUGAACCUUCAGUCUGCCGUGUAUCAUUAAAGUGACAAUGCAAAGACAAAGAGACGGGUCACAUUUACUUUUCCUCUGCAAACAAAGCCUCAAAUUUGCUUUCUGCUGAGCCCGUUGAUGUGAGCAGGUGUAAUCUGAAAACCUCGCUCCCCACUCGAAUAGGAAAUGAUUUCAGUUAGCGCUUGACCCCAAGGUGGAGCACAGUCAACAUGGCUGACAGGUCAGAUGCCUGUGCAGACUAAAGGACGGGUGGGAGUUAAUGAGAAUCAUGCAUGUGACACUGAUGUCGGCUCCACAAUAGCUCCUACUAGUCUGAUUGGGCUUUUUUUCUUUCUCCGUUUUUCCAUUUAAAACAUGUAAAGAAGACUAAGCCUUUAAUUGGUGUUUUCGUGAAUAAAUUUUUUUUUUAAAUUGCGAUUUUAUUUGUGAAACUAUCAAUUAAAGCCACAGAGAAAAGGGCUUCAUUGCCAAUCAUUGCAAAUCUGUUGGAGAAGAAUCAUUCAAACUCAUGAAAAGAACAUUUUGUGACCCAUUUUCUGAUUUAUUUUUAUUCCAAACAUCAAUUCUUACCAGCAGGCGUCAGCAUUUAGAGAUGCAUUUACACAGUUUGGAAUUAAAAGCUGAGGUUUAGUUUAGUUUGCAAAGUUUUCUCGAACCAACAUACUUGUGGUUAAAAUGUUGUGGCAAACUGUUCAGUCUGUGCUUAUAUUUAAUUCUUGUUUUUGUUGCUGGAGUCCAGUCAGGCUCCUUAAUGGACCUAUGAAGACAGAGACAGUGAGAGUGCUCUAUUGAAGACAAUGUGAAUGCCAGACAUCUUUAUUCCUUUUUGUUUCCACUAAGGCUUUAUUUUAUCGGCUUAUUUCAUGGCCCUUUCAUAUGUAUUAUAGUUUGAUUAUGUUAUUUUUUUUGUUUUGUUUUGGGUUUUUUUGUCCUGAAUUUGUACAUUUCUUUUGUAUAAUUAUUCUUCUGAUGAUUAUUUGUCUAGCAAAGUGCUGUUUAGAUCUGGUGAUGCCAUUACCAUUGGUUGUUUAGUUGUUUGAAAUGUGGUUAACAUGAAAUAAAGGGACCAAAAUGUUGAA